GGCCACCAGCACGCUCCAUCAAAGAACGAUCCUUUGAGGGUACUGAGCCAAAUAAGCAAAGGUUCAACAAAAGGCACAGAUCGUUUCAAGCGACAGGCCGCACAAGAUCGCUUAAACAAGCUGCGGGAUCACCUGCAAGAGGAACUGAUAGAACAAAAGGGUUCGCGUGUCAGUAUUGAUGCCAUUACUACACCAAAAACAACUGUGACCGACCGCGCCAUAGCUACGGAAUCUAGUUCGCUACCAGAAUCAUCAGCUGCACCGUGUAUGGAAGACAUUGACAUGGUCGAUAUCGACGCAUUGCUAACACCGAAACCAUUACUUGCACCAUUGCCCAUGGAGUGCGAUACCCUAACGGAUCCUGCUCCGGCAGAAUGUUGCACCCCAAAGCGGAAUCCGGACAAAGAGGACCAGGAAUCGCAUACCCAGAACAGUACAAAGGUGGCAACAAAUUAUCUGGAGAACGCAGCGUCGUUUGAAAACCACAUGUUCCUCGUCCUCGACAGUUGCGUGUACAUGAACGAGAUUGUUUCUAUCAUGGACAUUUUCAGAAGUGAAGUGCCAAUUAGCAAACCGCAACCCAUUCUGGUCGUGCCGUACAAGGUGCUGCAGGAGUUGGAACUGGUCAAGUUGAAAAAACAUGAUCUGUCGCCGGCGAUCACGAAGGUGACGAAAUUCCUACAUUCCAUGCUUAAGGUGCGGGACAAGCGCAUCAAGGGGCAGCGGCCCAUUGACACCCACCUGGAACUGUUCGAGAUGUCCUCGCCGGACGAUGCGAUUCUCAAUUGCGCCCUACAGGUGAAGCAGGUAGUAGGGGACAAAGUAGUGCUCGUGUCCGAAGAUCGCAACUUGCUAACAAAGGCCCUCGUUGCUGAUGUGAAGGCUUACAGUUGGAAAGAAUUUUGUGAUCGCUACGACUUUGACCCCUAGCCUUAAGCCGGGGCCUGUACAAAUUAAAGCCAGAACUAGUUAGCCGAAGGUCAUAUGUUUAUUGUAAGAAAACGAGGACGCAUUUCGUAGGUUUUCAAAUUCAUCAAACGAAUGAACAGUUUCAAAGAUAGUGCUUAAUUUGAUUGAUAAACGAUUGCCAUUUGCAUUGCGCGCAUCACAAUGAAGCAAUUUGCGGUUUAUAUAUAAGAACAAAAUUCUUCAAACAUCACAACACAUCUACAAGAUGUACAUCUACAUAAGAAAUCGAUGUAAAAUCUAUUCAAUCGAAUUAAUUUGUUGAAGUACGUUAAAUAUCCUUUUUUUGUCAUAUACUUAGAACAGCCUUAGAAUUGCCUCAGAACAGCUGGCCUAGAAAACCAGCACAAACACAAGCAAACUGAAGAAUCGGGGACGAACCAGAUAACAGUACAAAGCUUCAAGACAAGUGACACAACGGAACUCGGAAGACAUACGUAUAACUAAGCCCAAUGUAGGAUUCGGCGAGACACAUUAUAUCGGUAAACUGAGCAAUAAGUUUUGAUUUCGCGUCCAAAGACAUAGCUUAGUCGCGAAACAGCUGACGCAACAAUGCGCUAAGCGAGCACAACCGGAACAGAGUUCUUAAUCAUAGAGAUAAUUACACUUGCUAACAGUGAGACGAUCACCUGCAGAACCUGCCGAACCUUAGUACAUUAAAAGACACAUUGA